GGGGGAAAGAGAGAGGGAGUGUCGGGUAGAGGGAGAAGUAGCGGGGGAGAGAGGUUGGUAGAAGGGGAUUGGGGGAGGAUGAAGGAGGUGGUGCUGCACGUGUACGACGUGACGAACAGCGGAUCGGAGAAGACGAACAACACCAUCCUCCAGAUCAACCGCAUCUUCAAGGAUCGCAUCGGCCUCGGCGGCAUCUUCCACAGCGCCAUUCAGGUUUUUGGAGAUGAAGAAUGGUCUUUUGGGUUUUGCGAACAAGGUUCUGGAGUUUUCAGUUGUCCACCAGGUAGAAAUCCUAUGUAUACCUACCGUGAGCGUAUUAUCCUGGGGGAAACAAAUUGUUCCAUUUUCAAAGUAAAUCAGGUUCUAAGAGAGCUUGGCCAAGCAUGGCCAGGACAUUCAUAUGAUCUUUUAUCUAAGAACUGCAAUCACUUUUGUGAUUCCUUCUGCGAAAGGCUAGGUGUUCCAAAGAUUCCAGGUUGGGUCAAUCGCUUUGCUAAUGCUGGUGAUACUGCAAUGGUAGUUGCAGGGAAUGCAGCAUUCCGGCUGAGGCAAGCAAAAACAGAAAUUGUCACCGCCAGCAAAGUGGCAUACCGAUUUAUGGCUGGUCUAGCCUCAAAUUCCCAGGCCACUCCAGAGUCCCUGACCAAUUCGAACAGAGGCAGCCCUCGAUUUCAGGGUGUAUGGUUCAAAAACUUGAUGUCUGUUGGUGCCAAGCCAUCUAGUAGUACUUCAGAGAUUCCAGAUGAAACUGAUGAUGCUCCAUUGCACCGCCAAAAUUCUUCAGAACAGUUGCAGCAUAUUUCAAGACAAAAUAGUUGAUAAUGUUGUACAAGAAAUGAAUUUGUACCAGUGUACCAACAGCCAAAUGAUUAUUUACACAACUAGACAUGUUAUUAAUGUAUCACAUUGUAAAUCUUUGGUUCCUAGAGUUCUUCAGAUUGUCUUUGCAGGAAAAAAAGAUAUUUCUAGCAUUGUUUUGUACCAAAUACUUGGGAGUUUACCCUCAUUUUAUCAUUUUGAAUAUUUAUGCCCGAUCUCA